AUUGCCCCCGCCGCCCAUUUUACCACACAUCUAUCACUCACACUUUUUUGCAAGUCACACGUUACCAAGUAGCUGUAUAGUAAACAACACUAAACCUACUUAUCACUUGCUACAGUGAAGUGCACACAGCCAACCACAGUCAAUGGUACUGUGGGGAAGUGGGCAAAAAAGUUAUAUAGCUUUCAGCUCUCACAACCCUUAAUGUGCCUUAAUGAGGUAAGGGUCAACUGUAACAAAGUUUAGAAUCAAACACUUGUACAGUAGCUGAUUUGGAGUUUGAAUUAAAAUGGCUUUUUAAACCUGUGAAUCUAACUUGUCAGCAGAAGGGGCACUUGAGCAACCACGCAUGCUUCUAAUUUUAAAAUCAGGAAGGACUUCUUAAACCAUUAGUCAUUUAAGAUCAUAGCAACCACAUAAACACCAGUCCAAAGGCAAAGUUAAUAAGUUAUUUUUGAUUAGGCUACCAAGUCUAAACCUUGAUCUGAUAGUAUAGACAUGUCAUUAUUUAAUUUCCUUACCUUUCAUUUGCUUUAGUACCAUUUCCACUCCACAUUGCCCCUUCAUUGUACUUUGACUGAAAUGUAUAUUUUCAGCUGGUCAGUCUCUAAUUUGGUACACACCUACGUACAGUCCUUCUCUCCCUGACUCAAGGAAGCUUGUAGUAGCUUAAUCUAAAAAUAUAUAUUAUCAUUUACCAUCUUCCCUCUGUCGUAUGUUUUUGGAGCAGAGGGAAGCUUGAACUGGAUUUAUAUCCACUAAGAUUGCAGAAUUGUAUUGCAGAGCAUAAAAGCACCCCAAAUCAUACUGCUAUUCGAAAACACUGCAAUCUGACAUCGCUGCCUGGAUCUCCAGAGGAACACGUGUUUUAUCAAACCAGACCGACUGCAAAAAAAGGAACACUUGUUCCAGAGCAGACACAGAAAACUCCAAAAUGGUGAACCACACAGGCUGUACCAACACUAAAGGUGUAUGCAAACCUAAACUACAAAAGAAACGAGCGGACUAUAAACUUUGUCUGGCAAAACAGCCAGAGAUAGUGAUCACACACCAACCUCAUUACUCAAAGAAAAAAUGCAAGUCUUAUCAAGCAUUACACUCCUGAAGAAACUGAUCAAGAAAUGCAAACACUAAAAUAUGGGAUGUAAAAAAUCCAAGCUGAUAGGCGAUCAGAAGGGAGGUACAUUUGAUCUGAAGAAACCGCAACCAGUACGUAGUGACCGAACUAUAGAAGCGAGAGAUCCAACGUCCAAUAAGCAACAGAACACAUCAUCUCAAGAGAGUCAUCUACUGCCAGGCCAGAGAUUCCAGAAGUUGGGAGAAGAGCCUGAACCUGGGAAGAUCGUAAUCACCCUGUACCCAUAUGAAGGUGUCCAUGAUGAAGAUCUGGGAUUCAAGAAAGGGGAAAGACUGCGAGUUAUUGAGGAAUGUGGGGAAUGGUGGAAAGCCGUGUCUCUUACAAGCAAGAAGGAAGGUUUUAUUCCCAGCAACUACGUGGCACAAGUGAACACAUUGGAGACAGAGGAUUGGUUCUUCAAAGAUAUUACAAGGAAAGAUGCUGAGAGGCAACUUCUAGCACCAAUAAAUAAACCGGGGGCAUUCCUUAUUCGAGAAAGUGAAACUUCAAAAGGUAGCUAUUCUCUGUCCAUCAGAGACGUUGACCAGCAGGGAGUGAAUGUGAUCAAGCAUUACAAGAUCCGAAGUCUGGACAACGGUGGCUAUUACAUCUCCCCAAAAAUUACAUUUCCUGACAUUCCUCAAAUGCUGAAGCAUUAUCAUAAACAAUCAGAUGGUCUAUGUCGAUGCCUGGACAAGCCGUGUUCCAAACCCAAGGCCCAGAUGCCAUGGGAUAAAGAUGCUUGGGAGAUUUCCAAGGAAUCUAUCAAAAUGCUGAAGAAACUGGGAGCAGGACAGUUUGGGGAAGUGUGGUUGGCGUACUACAACAACUCCACUAAAGUGGCCGUGAAAACCCUGAAACCAGGCACCAUGUCAGCACAGGCUUUCCUCGAAGAAGCCAACCUGAUGAAAGCCCUUCAGCAUGACAGACUGGUGAGACUGUACGCUGUGGUCACCAAGGUGGAGCCCAUUUACAUCAUCACUGAAUUCAUGGCAAAUGGUAGUUUGUUAGAUUUCCUAAAAAGCGAAGAAGGCAACAAGCUGCUAUUACCAAAGUUAAUUGAUUUUUCAGCUCAGAUUGCAGAAGGGAUGGCUUACAUUGAAAAAAAGAACUACAUACAUCGUGAUCUGAGAGCAGCAAAUGUCCUUGUUUCAGAGUCACUGUUAUGCAAAAUUGCUGACUUUGGUUUAGCGAGAGUAAUUGAGGAUGAUCAGUACACAGCCCGAGAAGGUGCCAAGUUCCCAAUAAAGUGGACCGCUCCGGAGGCAAUUAACUAUGGAUCAUUCACUAUCAAGUCAGACAUGUGGUCCUUUGGAAUUCUCCUUUAUGAAAUUGUUACAUAUGGAAAAAAUCCAUAUCCAGGAAUGAGCAACGCCGAUGUGAUGAAUUCAGUCCAGCGUGGUUAUCGGAUGCCUUCUCCUGAUAAGUGUCCACAGGAGCUUUAUGACAUCAUGACUUCCUGCUGGAAGAGCAAACCUGAGGACAGACCCACAUUUGACUAUUUGCAGAGCGUGCUGGAUGACUUCUACACUGCAACUGAAGGACAAUAUCAACAGCAACCUUAAAAGCAAGAAGAAACUUUUUUUGUUGUGACUGCGUGAAACAAUGUUAAUGAUAUGGUCCAUGUAAAAUGACGACGAUAUGGCCAAUGUAAAUUCAUGUAUUCAUCCUUCACUAGUAUCUUGAAUCCCCACCACUGCAUGUCUGGCGCAUUGGGCCCAAAUUUACAGCAAGGAAUAGUUUUAGAAGGGCAGUGGAAAUUUUACACUGCUUAGAAACAUGUAUGGCCACUGUUUGGAAGACUUUCAGAGACAAGGAAAUGGCCAGGGGCUUCUGAUUCAUAAUGCUAUAUUGACGAAAACAUUAAGCCUGUUGUGCUUACAAAGUAAAACAUGUGAAAUGUUUGAAACAGGUGAUUUGUAAUGAAGGAAACUUCAUAUAUAUAUAUAUAUAUAUAUAUAUAUAUAUAUAUAUAUAUAUAUAUAUAUAUUGGUUCUUAAACCAAAAGAAUAGUUGCUUGAUUGCAAAGAUUAUCUAGGAGACUAAAUGGGUAGAGGUAUUUUUUGUAUUUUGGGGGAGGCAAGUCUUACUGUAGAUCUGAGAAAUAGUAUUUAAGGCAAUAGAUGGUGCUAGGAUGCUAACAUAAAAUUUUUCUUACUGUGUCUUGAUAUUCUGUUGAUCCAGUUUGAUUGAAAAUAAAGACGAAUGGUGGCUUGCAAACAUUUUGUUCAUUGAGCAGUGGACAUGGACUCUCCUGUCGGACAGAAUAAUGUCAAUGUCUUAAUGUUGUGAACCCUUCUGUUCCUUGAAUUUAAUGACAAUGCAAGAUAUAUUGCUCAGGCUUAACAUAUAUCUUGUGUGUAAACCACAAAACAAUCAAACCUUGCAGGGUUGGUAAAGUGUAUGCAUAUUGGAACCAAGUGUUUUAUUUUGCCAUUUCUUAACAGCUGAUGCCUAUUAUCCUACAACUCCAUUGAUUAAAACAUUUCAACUCGUUAGUUAGUGUAUGCAGCACAAUAUAUUUUAAAUUGAUAAUUUUAACAAGAAAUACAUGUACAAAAGUUUUUUUCAUAUAAAUAUUAUAUAUACUGUACUGUAUGUUGUAUAUAAAGUUUCUAAUCUUUCUGCAUAUUAAUAUGUAACGUAUUGUGUACUGAGCUGAAGUGCAAUAUGUGUUGGGGCUUCAGGUUCGGAGUGUUGACCCAGUUGAUUUAAUAAAGAGGCUUUUAUAAAAUACAUUAUCAUUAUGGAUGAAAAGCACUUUUCAAAAGACAUCUUAAAAUUCCAAAUACAUCUGAACAUUUCAGCAGUGGGGACUGGCAAUACAGAUAUUGUGUGGAAUGCUUGGAACACUAUUCAAAUUCCAAACUACCAGAUGAGAAUUUGGUCCACUCUUCUAUUUUCUAAACUGCAAUUUUUGUUUUCUCCAGUAAACUUUAUCCAUUGAAAACAGUCUUAUGAGAGAUCAGAAAUACCAAAAGUAUUUUUUUUGUUUUAUAUUGUUCCUUCUUUGGUUAAUAAAUAGUAAGAGGCCCGCCUAUGAAUUUGACAUCGUCAUAUGUGUCGUAUCCUAUGUAAAAUGCUAGCCCAAGUUGUCUUUUCCACUGUACAAGCGAGCCUCGCCGGGUCCUUACCGAGCCCUCACGAUGGGUUUAAGGGGAGCCUGGGUUGUUUUUCCACUGCAGAGCCGAGCCGUGCUACUGACGCCACACGCAACGAAAGACAGUUGUUAUUAAUUAGUGUUAUUAAUUAACUCAGUUUGCCAAAAGAUGCACAAACAAAUAGUGUUUGAGCGCAACGAGAGUCGUAGUUGUAUGUAUGGUACAGUUGUAUUUUGUUUUACUAUAUUUUUGUAAAGAAGUUUGUAAUUUUUUUCCCAUGCUUUUUUCUUUAUAUUAAUAUAAUAAAGUUCAAGGAUGAGAAAUUUG